AAAAAAGCUUUUCUCCCUGGCAGUCCAUCGAAUCAAACGCUGCCGCAAAAUCUUGUUAGUCAGUAUUGAAUUCGAUUUUCAAGCAAACAGAAGUUCUAAAAAUUUCGGUAUCUUGCUGUGUGUCUCGUGUUCUCCCAGCUCGCUAAAAUCAUAUACAUAUAUACCUAUUUAAAUACUUUUAUAAGCACAUCUGAACAAAAAUUCAUCAGAUCACCUCCGUUGCAGACGUACAAAAGAUAUUGAUAUUAGUGGUACUUUAAAAGUACACAUCAAUUAUAGAAACGUAUUUUUCUCAGGGCGCUAGUUCAUUUUAAUACUCAAAACGUUACGGAGGGAUGUCGUUGUAAGGCCCGUUUACACUCUAUUAGUUGCGGAGAAAAUAAGAAGUGAACCUCCUAAAAAGCGAAAUCUGGAGAGCAGUUAAAGAUUUUUAGUCGCAAUAGAUUUUCUUAAGUGUGCCAUCGCGAUGGCUGCACCAGCAGCCUGUACGCGUUUUUCGGACAAUUACGACAUCAAAGAAGAGUUGGGAAAAGGAGCAUUUUCAAUUGUGAAAAGAUGUGUCCAAAAAUCGACUGGCUUCGAAUUUGCUGCAAAAAUUAUAAAUACAAAAAAAUUAACAGCCAGAGACUUUCAAAAACUGGAACGUGAAGCAAGGAUCUGCAGAAAGUUACACCAUCCCAACAUAGUGCGGCUACAUGACAGCAUACAGGAGGAAAACUAUCACUACCUUGUUUUUGAUCUUGUAACCGGUGGUGAACUUUUUGAAGAUAUCGUUGCACGCGAAUUUUAUUCAGAAGCUGAUGCAUCACAUUGUAUUCAACAAAUAUUGGAAUCAGUCAAUCACUGCCACCAAAAUGGUGUGGUGCAUCGAGAUCUGAAACCAGAGAAUUUACUAUUAGCUAGUAAGGCAAAGGGUGCAGCAGUGAAACUCGCUGACUUUGGUCUAGCCAUUGAAGUUCAAGGCGAUCAUCAGGCUUGGUUUGGAUUUGCCGGCACUCCAGGAUAUCUGUCGCCUGAGGUAUUGAAAAAGGAGCCCUAUGGCAAAUCGGUAGACAUAUGGGCAUGUGGAGUUAUUCUUUACAUACUUUUGGUCGGUUAUCCACCAUUUUGGGACGAAGAUCAGCAUCGACUGUACUCGCAGAUAAAAGCAGGAGCGUAUGAUUAUCCGUCGCCAGAAUGGGAUACGGUUACUCCAGAAGCUAAAAAUCUUAUCAAUCAAAUGCUAACGGUUAAUCCAAAUAAACGAAUAACCGCAGCUGAGGCAUUAAAACAUCCGUGGAUUUGUCAACGAGAACGUGUGGCUUCCGUUGUGCAUCGCCAAGAAACCGUAGACUGUCUCAAGAAAUUUAAUGCGCGGCGCAAACUAAAGGGAGCCAUACUUACGACAAUGUUGGCUACCAGAAAUUUUUCAAGCAGAAGUAUGAUAACUAAAAAAGGUGACGGAUCCCAAGUCAAAGAGUCAACCGAUUCAUCUAGCACUACUCUUGAAGACGAUGACAUAAAAGAAGAUAAAAAAGGAACCGUUGAUCGCAGUACCACAGUCGUAUCAAAAGAGCCUGAAGAUAUAAGGAUACUGUGUCCUGCAAAAACUUGUCAGCAAAUUACUGGAAACUCGCAGUGCUCUUCAGCAGCUAGACGACAAGAAAUAAUAAAGAUAACUGAGCAGUUGAUUGAAGCAAUUAACAGUGGCGACUUUGAUGGAUACACCAAAAUAUGUGAUCCGCAUCUAACUGCCUUUGAGCCGGAAGCAUUGGGUAACCUUGUAGAAGGAAUUGAUUUUCACAAAUUUUAUUUUGAAAAUGUUCUUGGUAAAAACUGCAAAGCUAUAAACACAACCAUUUUAAAUCCUCAUGUGCACUUACUUGGUGAAGAAGCCGCUUGCAUUGCCUAUGUCAGACUUACACAGUACAUUGAUAAGCAAGGACAUGCACAUACUCAUCAGUCCGAGGAGACGCGAGUCUGGCACAAGCGCGAUAACAAAUGGCAGAAUGUUCAUUUUCAUCGAAGUGCAUCUGCCAAAAUAAGUGGAGCAACUACAUUCGAUUUUAUACCCCAAAAAUAGUGGGCAUUAAUCAAUGGAAUAUAAACUGUCAUUAUGCACAUGUCAAUGAAAGUGCUAUAUUUAUUUUUAGAGAUCGCAAUAGUUUAUUGCAAAUAAAGAUGCUAGUGCAAAUUUUAUUAUUUUAUUUACAUUUUGAAGAGUCUAGUGUGGACCUAUAAAAAUAAAAAAUACUACUAACAGCAUAUAUCACAUUUUAGAUAUCACAUAGAACCACAUUUACUUGAGAAAUUUAAGAAGCAAACGCAAUUUAAAUACAAAAACAUUGGUACAUUAAAUGUUUGAUGUAAGUGUCGUGGUACCAAUUGUAAACAUAAAUGUUCUCAAUUGCAGAAUCAAGUUUAUUAUUUAACUAUUAUUAAUAUUGAAAUAACAUGGAAAACUUUGUAUCUAUUGGAACAAGUAAAAUAAAUUCCAAUUACUUUAAUUAAUCGUCUCAAAAUAAUUGCAAACAAUUUAGAACACUUGUAUCAUCUACUAGGAUACGAAAAUUUUUUUGUUCGCGCAGUCCGCUUAUUCUCGUUCGUAAAAUAAAUACACACAUAAAGUUUAUCAAAACGUGUGAGUACAGGCGUUUAAAAUUACUGAAGUUAGCAAGUGUAAAGCAUUAGGUUAUAUCAAUGAAACAUGAAGUUUGAAAAAAUUAAGUACGUUUAAACAGAAUAAUGAAAUUAGCUAACUGAAAUAUAAAACUAAAUCCAAAUAAUUGCAAUUAUGCGAAUACUUUAAAUUACUUCUAUGUAUGUACAUCUAUUUCGGCAUUUUGUCCGCAUCUUAAAAACUUUCGAAGUAUAAGAACACUAUUAACCCACAUAUACGGUUUUUAAUGUUGGUCAACCUUUUAUAUACAUUUCUUUGGUUAAAUAGAAACACCAUUUUUACUAAUUUGUGUUUGAGAUGUUCAAGUUUUAAAAAGUAAUCUUUUUUCUAAUCAUAGAUUAUUAUAUAAAUUUCCUUUUUUUUUUUAGACAUUGUUUACUUGGCCUUAUAAAAAACAUGCCUAAGGGCUUUAUUUAUAAAGUGUAUUAACUUUUUAUUAUUAUUAGUUUUUGCUGAUAUUUUCAUUUGUUAAUAUCCAUAUACCAAAAGUACUCCCAAUUGUUCCAUUCUUAAGUUAAUGGGCAUAACAUAAUCAAUAGAGUUAGUAUCAGUAUAUUAACUCGAUCUUUUCCAAUAGAUGUCGAAUAGCUUAAUAGAAUUUAUGUUUCUUUUCACCGAUAACCAGAUGUUGAUACAAUUGAAAUGAAUACUUGUCACAAAAAAACAUUUAAAUGCAUAUUUCUCCGAACCGUUUUUAAAGACAUUUUAAGUGGUGCCACAGUAAAAAAAAUACAAGGGACGCGCGGGAAAAUGUGUCAUUUACAACAUAAAGCAUACAUACAAAGGUUCUUAAGUUUUUGUUUCAUAUUGUGUUUAAACCUUAUGAGCAAAAAGGUAAUUUAAGCAAUGCAAUAAGACACAAAAAACUAUUUUUCCUAAAAUGAAAGAUACGAUGAUGUGUUUUCUAAUUUUUCUUCUAAGUGUAUUAGGUUAAGCUGUCUUACUAAAUGAAUAUUUUUGUGUUAUAAGCAUAACUGCGAAAAUAAAUUCGAUGUAUGAGACUUUAACAUCGUAAAAUGA